UCUUAUAAUUUUUCAUCAUCAUCAUUAUUUGAAGAUCAUUAUUAUUUACUCAUAUCAUCAGUGGGUUUGAGUUGUAAGUAUUAACUACAAAAAUCUUAUGCGGUAGAGCACCCCUGACAUAACCGUACAACAGUUCACGAAGCGAGGCGCGUCACACGUCACACGACGGUUCACAGAGAGACAAACAUGUGUAGAGGCACACGCGACCAUGACGCGCCUACUGACACUACUGCUCCUCACGCGAGUCACUGCAGAGUGGGUGGAGAUCUCCCAGCACCACUACAGGAAACCACUCCGGACACAUAGCACGUACACCACGACAGAAAAGUCAAAAGAUGUCGAAGACUCCACAAAACUCUGGGCGUACAGCAACCGCACGUUAACGGAGUACAACUGGAACAAAAACCCAGCGAGACCUAUCAUCGGCAACGUGAAACGCAUUCAACAUAUUGCAAAUACUGUGAGAGCCACUGAUGUUGUCAAAUUAGAAGAUGAAGAUGCUGACUUUGAUGCAGAUGAGGUAGAUUAUGAAAUAAAACCAAAUUAUGGACCAACGAGAGCAACUUUAGACACACAUGACCGUGUUAAACAAAAAGGUAUGAUAGAAACAGUGUCGAACGUGGGAAAUAUCAAACGUGUUCAAUUGAAUAGCAGCCCUGUAAAAUCGCCUGCUGUCUAUUUUAAGGGAGAUAGAGAAAAAUAUUCAAUAACCAGACAUGAAAACUAUCACAUGAAAGGAAAUGAAUUCGAAGACAAAAAGAUUACGGGACCAAUAAAAAGAAAAUUUAACCUGAAUCCCCAAAAUGCUGGAAGGCCGGGGACAUCCAUAGAAGAUGAAGAAGAGGGGACAUUUGUUGCAGAAGUCAAUACUUUUGAUACGAGCUCAAGUCAGAGAUACAGAAAUCAUACUUCAACUGCAAAGCCAACCUUUAUCACCGAAACUGAAGACUUUACUACCUAUGAAUCUCAAUUGAAUAGAUUUCAAAAAAUUACGAAUAGUAAAAGUUCCGAAGCCACAGAAAACAUGAACACCUUAACUACAGAUAUCAUUGAAACCGAUGAAAAUAUUGUCUCUAAACAAAAUACGAAGCUUACAGAAUCUACAACAGAAACAACCUUUGAUUAUAAUGUUCACCGAAACGUUAAUGAUUUUGAAACCGAAUCAUUUGCCACUAAGGUUCAUGACGCUGGAAACAAGGGCAAACAAUCUAAUGUUAAGGUGCAGGAUCAGGACAUAAAAGCAAAUUUGAAAAACGUUCAAUUGAAAGACGACCUCGCUAAAGGCGAAAAAAAGUCGGAAAAAAUAAAACAUGUUACAGAUAAGGAAGGUGAACCAACAAACGGUACGAAAAAAGAGAAGAUUAAAGUGAACACGAUGGAAAAUUUAAUAAAAUUCAUGAGAGUAGUUGCAGACACUAUCUCUAAGAACUCUCGGCGAAGCUUCGGAGGCAAGAUGCAGUAUUUACAUGAACUGAAGGACUCUAUCUUGGCCAAUAUUGAGCAGCGCAUAGACUCAACAUGGCCAGACGAUGACAGUGCGAACUCCCGUCGUCGUUCGCGAUCUGCGCAGGCGUCGCCGCGCGGCCACGUGCAGUUCCCGUCUUCAGAGAGUGCGCUCAUGACCAUAUCCUUCUUGACCUUCGCUGUGUUCCUCAUCAAACUGGUGUUGCAAGUGAUACAGACCUAUAAACAGAAGGCGAUGAUGGUGGCUCCGCUGAUGGUCGCGUCAGGGCGCCAAGUCUUCGUAAACCAUGGCCACCAUUGACGACAAUAAUAUGUAUCUUAUGUCAAUUUUAAUUGUGAUUAUGCGAAUGAAUUAAAUCUUUUGAACCCGAA